AUGCCAUCCCAGCUGCACCUUGGACACGUUUUUGGCUCCUCAUUUUCUCGCGCGGAACACGGAAUCUGGCCCUGGUCUGCUCUAACGUCACCGUCACCGUCUUUUCGAGAAGACGACAAGGACUCGUCAAAGUCGAUCUCGUCUCGUCUCAUCCAUUCCUCCCGCAGCAAGCGUACGGUACAACUACCAGACGCGAUGGAGACUCCUCUCUCUCCGGUUCACUGCGGCGAUCUUGAUCCGGAAGGCCAUUCUGUCUCGCGCUCAUCGAAUUUUGACCUGUCACAUUUACGCUCCGGGCCAACUUUACAACCUGGACACCACGGGUACAUACGUCUUCUUAUUCCCGCCGUCUCGCGUGGGGACACUGCGCAGACACUUCAAGAAGAGGAUCGCCGUUCCGACUCCAACCAGGUACUUCCGUACAGAGUAUGGUCACUGGACUUUUGUCUGGAGCUUCAAAGCAGGGACCUGAGUCGCACCCCUACAGAUACAGGCAAAUCCAUUCCACGGUCGUCCAAGGCGGAAUUGCGCGCAUCAUAUCGAGAGUCGAGUGGGUUGCGGAUGGGUGGACUUCCUGGCAGGUCGGCCGUGGCCAUGGAUGCUCACCACCUUCUUCUGAUCCCGCCCGCUGCAUCUCAGGAUCCUCGUCCAGGCCCUGCCGUGCCAUGCCAUGCAAGCCCUGCCUCCCGGCCUCCUGGAACGCCAUUCACGCGCGGCCACGGUCGCUGCUUCUGGAUCGAUGCCGGACGAGAAGCCUCGUUGGGACAUGGCAGCGAACACACGCCGCAGGAGCGGGUCGCCAGCAGAGAUGGCCACAUCUUGCGUGCAUCUCAGCCCACCAUGGAUGGGCUGCGUAACCGUACAAACCGUACAUCGGCAACGUAUCACGGGAGAGUCGGCGACCUCGUCAUCGCCAACAACUCUAUCCGUAUAGCGAGGCCAAAGGGGACUCGGGAAGAGCGCCCUAAACCCAACUUCAGCUGCUGGCAAGGCUCCCCCCUCGCAUGCUCGCAAGAUGGCCCCAAACAACUAACAACGACUAAUAUGACCGACCACCGGGCACUGGCUUCUACUCCUGCUCCAGCUGCCCGUCACACGGUCGCUCGCGGCGGCAUGGGCCAUGGGGAGCGGAGGGACUAA